AAUAUGGCGGACUUCGUAAUGGUUUAUUUUCAUCUUGUAGCUGCUUUUAUAAUUGAUAUUAUUGCUCUUCAGCACAAAAUUUUUGCCCAAGGAAGUAUCGAGGCUACGCAAGCUAUUCAAGUUACAGUUUCAAGUACACAAUCAGUUGCAAUUUUAAUGUCAGUUUCGCCUACACAAACAGCAACUGAGAACGGUUCAUCACAAAUUGAGUGUCCUGAUGGACAUUAUUGUCGUGAUCUCGGUGCUUCUUGCAUUAAUUGUACUAUGAACUAUUCGUGUACAUAUGGGAAAGACACAGAAGCACAAUGUGUGGUGUACAGCUCGAUCAAAUGCAGGGGACCUCGAACUUUCAAGAAAAUUUACACCUGCAAGUACUGUUAUCAACUGCAAACUAAUCAAUAUGAAUGUGAAAAACAGUCAGGCUGCAAGGUGGUUUCCAGUCCAAGAGAAAGGUACAAAACAAACUGUACUGUAAAGGACAAUGUCCUCUGUCUUGGUAAUCGUACAUUCUCAAAAUCACUGUUGUGUAACUGGACAUCAGGAUACAGGUGGUCAACUGCUGUAUUAUUAAGCUUGACUCUAGGGGGCUUUGGUGUGGAUCGCUUUUAUUUGGGACAUUGGAGAGAGGGUCUUGGAAAGCUGUUUAGCUUUGGGGGCCUUGGAGUAUGGACCCUUGUGGACCUUAUACUCAUCAUUAUAGGAUAUGUUGGACCAGAGGAUGGUUCACUCUACAUAUUUUAGUCUUGGAAGGAAAGCAUUUCUGCAAGGAAUGAAAAAGCUGUUCAGUCUUGAAGCCCUUGGAGUGUAGACAUUUGUGGACCUUAUGGAUGGGUAGGACCAGAGGAUGUUUCUCACUUAACAUUCUUGACUGAUAUGGGACACACUGCUUGGGUAGUGCAAAGGCUUUGAAAUGUGGGCAUGAUUGGGCCUUCUGAGAUUUGGUGCCAUCUUAAUAGUCUGGAACAUACAAGUCCAUUACAUCCCCCAUGGAUGGUUAGUGUCUAAAGUAAAUUAAGGCAGCUCUGCAAGUGGAAAGGGAUCCAUAAAUGUGGUACCUUAUUUUGCAUUAUGAGAACUUGCUGCAGUAACGUCUCAGGACAAAAUUGCAUGUUGAGCAUAGGUACCAUCUCUUUACUUGUGUUACAUUAAACUCUACUCAGAAAACUAGAACUACUGGCCUCAGAAUUGCUGUUGUAUUUUUAUUAUGUGCUCUCAUGCCACUAUACAGCCAUUUCAUGGAAGACUUAGAUGACUUGUACUACUGCCAUGCUUGGUCAUUUAAGAGAGCAUUUUUGUCAAAGCUUAGUGUGAAAUGUUAGGCAUCACUUUAUUUGCUUUGAUUUGCCAUGAGAAAGAAUCAUAUUGCCCUUUCUAAGCUGAAAAAGGUGUGGCAGAAAAUGAAGACAAUAGUUAAUGCUUAUACACUCUUUUUGUUGCCCAAUAACUGUUUUUGAAAGUGCAAUGAGUAGCUCCGUCUCUAAAGCUUAGAUUUAUUUGGUACCACAGACAUUAAACGGUUUAGUUUUAGGUGGCAAAUAUACAUUGAAUAUUGUUGUAAAGGGAGGAGGAUAAUUGUUGUAACCUGCUCUAUAACGAACAGGCCAGAAUUUUGAGUUAUGUGUCAACCUACAUGUAAUUAUGGAAUUGCAUUGACCGCCAAUUUCAGAGAAGGACUUCUGACAAGACUCGUUUGCUUCAAUCAGAUUUUGACUCCUCCAAAUGAAAAUUAAAUGUGGAUCCCAGCAGCCAAACAAAGAUUAAAAGAGAUCUGACAGCAACACUCUGGGAAAAAUAAUUACCAUGGUGAAUCAGACUUCCAAAGUACCCUAAAAGGCACUACACUGAAGUUAUAUUAUAACGAUAUUUUGAACCAAAUUUCGUGAAUCCAUCAGGGCCCCCCUGGACUGUCCUCGGAAAGAGCUGUCUUAAUAUCUAAAGUCGUUUGGAACAUCGGGAAAAAUUGCCCGUAAAUAAAAUGGAAUUUGAAAUAAUCGCCUGCUUCGGUAGAAAACUCAAAGAGGUAAGAGUAAACGAAGAAGAACGAGGAUAGUUAGGAUUUUAUCUUCGAUAACGAACAAUAAACUUAAGAAAACUUCAGCUCUGUCUGCCUAUUUUAAAUUUCCUCUAAGGCACAUGUUUGAUACUCAAAAUUUUGCAUAGGUGCAACCAGAUUAAAGUGUAGAAUACCAGAA